ACAAUACUGCUCGCUCCGAACAGUUCAUCCCUUCCUCGGUAGACCCUUCUUCGACCAUCUCCAGCCCUAUCGAGCCCACGACUCCUCAAAUCGCCCAAAUUCAAGGAACGGUUCCAAUCCUCAAAGUCUCGACCAAGAAUAACACGUCUUCGCUUGCCUCUCUCACUCCCGAAGAGAGGAUUCAGAAGCUUCGUGACCGUCGACACGUCGUAGCAUGCUUGUUCUGUCGUGGACGCAAGAUUGCGUGCCACCCCGAGCCUACUGAAGAGAGCACUGCAGCUCCUUCCAGGUCUGCGUCUCCUGAUGGUUAUCCACGCUCUGCACCUGAAAAGAGGGCGCCAUGCGGGGAAUGCGUCUAUCCCGAGCGCACGCCACGCACUUCUCGUCGCCGUCGCGCGAGAGAGCAAGCUACAGCCGCCAAUGCUGUAGCUAUUGCUGCCUCGCUCCAAGAAGUGCGCGAGAACGCUCGUGCCGAAUCUCAAUCUCAACCUCGCAUCCGCGUCCAGAUACCCCAACAACAACACAUCCUCCCGCGACCGGUAGCACCUACUUACGCCCGUUGA